CACACCGCCGUCACACACCUCUGAAAUCCCCCCUUCCGACAACGAGAGGACCUCCCUGUAAUUCACACCCGGACCGCGGCUCUCCUCUUCUAUCCGUCUCCUUUUGUACUGUAUUAUCCCGGUUCUCCUCCACUUCAUCUGUCCGUGAACGCACCGGCUCGUUGGACGGACUGUCAGCGUUAAAAAAGACCCUCUCAACACCUUCCUGGUCAGUAUGGACGAGGACAACCACGUUCCCGAGGAUCUGUCCCUGGAGGAGAGCGAUGAGCUAUCGAACAUCCGACGCAGGAAGAGAGAGCUGCUCGAUGAUAUUGAGAGGUUGAAGUUUGAGAUCGCGGAGGUCAUGACGGAGAUAGAGCAGCUGACGUGUGUUGGAGAAAGUAAAACAACCCAGAGGAACAAACAGAUCGCCAUGGGCAGGAAGAAGUUCAACAUGGACCCGAAGAAGGGCAUCCAGUUCCUGCUGGAGAACGACCUCCUGCAGCACACCCCUGAAGUCAUCGCCCAGUUCCUCUACAAAGGCGAGGGCCUCAACAAGACCGUCAUCGGGGAUUACCUGGGCGAGCACGACGAGUUCAACCUCAAGGUGCUGCAGGCCUUCGUGGAGCUGCACGAGUUUGCGGACCUCAAUCUCGUCCAAGCACUCCGCCAGUUCCUCUGGAGUUUCCGGUUGCCGGGCGAAGCCCAGAAGAUCGACCGCAUGAUGGAGUCGUUCGCCUCGCGGUACUGCCAGUGCAACCCCGGAGUCUUCCAGUCCACAGAUACCUGCUACGUGCUGUCGUUCGCCAUCAUCAUGCUGAACACCAGCCUGCACAACCCCAACGUCAGAGACAAGCCGCCCGUGGAGCGCUUCAUCUCCAUGAACAGAGGCAUCGACGAGGGAGGAGACCUCCCAGAGGAGCUCCUCAGGAACCUGUACGACAGCAUCAAAAACGAGCCCUUCAAAAUCCCGGAAGAUGACGGGAACGACCUGACGCACACGUUCUUCAACCCCGACAGAGAAGGCUGGCUCUUGAAGCUCGGCGGCCGCGUGAAGACGUGGAAGAGACGGUGGUUCAUUCUGACCGACAACUGCCUCUAUUACUUUGAAUACACAACGGAUAAAGAGCCUCGUGGGAUUAUUCCUCUGGAGAACCUCAGCAUCCGAGAGGUGGACGAGCCCCGGAAACCUAACUGCUUCGAGGUCUACAACCCCGGCCACAAAGGUCAGGUGAUCAAGGCCUGCAAGACGGAGGCGGACGGGCGGGUCGUCGAGGGCAACCACGUGGUGUACAGGAUAUCGGCCCCCACGCCGGAGGAGAAGGACGAGUGGAUCAAAUCCAUCAAAGCGAGCAUCAGCAGGGAUCCCUUCUACGACAUGCUGGCCACCAGGAAGCGGAGGAUCGCCAACAAGAAAUGAUGAGCGAGCGCCUUUUCGACCGCUUCGCCGCCGCUUCGGCCGGGACCGGCAGAGUCCCGGCAGCACGAGCGCGUGUGCGUCACGUUUGUUUCUCUUCCAGGUCUGGAGGAUGAGCAGCAGACACAGGUCGGGGUCCUCUAGUUCAUUUCCACCUGAAGUUCUCGUCCCCCCCCCCCCCCGAGACGGGCCCUGGACACAGAUGUUAUUUUUUGGGGGGACUGCCUGCAAAAGAAACUCUACUAAGCUGACAAGAAAAAUAAAAGAAAUGGAUAAAUGAAUGAGCCGUGACUGGAAUCGUGGCAAAUGGGACGAGACCACCCUCUGCUGGACACACGAGGCGCUACAUCUACGGGAGGAUUUCAACCCUGAAUAUUCCUCCUCCUCCUCAUUUGGCAUCCCUUUCAUUUGGACUCCCAGAUGCCAGUCAACAUUUUGUCUUCAACUGAAAUAUUCAGAAAGCCUCAAUCUUAUGAAAUCAGCUGGUCUGAUUUUUAACCCCUCGAGUGACUGAAUCUGUACACACAGAUUUAUUCGACACUCAUAUCGAGUGUAAUGAACCUUUUUAUGCGAGCGCAGUUUUGAAAAGCUAUAAACAUCCAUGAUUGAUUCUGUAAACGGUCAUUUGAUGUAUUGACGAUCCACCUCCUGUGUUCAAGUUUAUUUUGUAUUUAUUUUCUUGAUUUUUGUUUUAACAACAAAAAAAGGAUCGCCCCCCCCCCCCGAUUUACAUGAUGCAUGUAUAGGACAUAUUGUACAUACUGUUUUCUUUUCUCCCUUCUCUGUUGUGUUGGUGGAGCAUGUAAAUCAUAAAGGGCCGCAGCCGAUACCCGUU